AUGUCCAAAAGUUCAUGUCAUUAUUCAGAAGCUGAUCCGAUGGGUCUGUUCAUGAGCAUUGAACCAUGCGAGGACUUUCCAUUUGGUGGCUAUUUGAGAUGCACUCCACCGAUACCAUUUAUCUACAAUUUGAUUCUGUUGGACUCCGGUGAUCGUGAACUAGCGAUGGUGCCGAUCAAGAAGCAUUGGAUGCAUCCAAAUUUGGAACGAAUCGAAAUCGAGGAGGACGGCUUCUGCGGUACUCUAUUCAAGCCUCCUGGAGAUGGACCUUUCCCGGCGGUUAUCGAUAUCUCUGGAACAGGUGGAGGUCUCCAUGAGCACAAGGGAUCAAUGCUGGCGUCGGAAGGUUUUGUUGUGCUGUGUGUAGCGUUCUUCCAAUACAAAAAUCUCGUCGAAACACUUUCAGAAGUGGACCUGGAAUAUUUUGAGAGGCCUAUCAACUGGAUAAAGCGGCAACCAUUCACCACAGAUCGCCUCGGUAUUCAAGGCGUCUCCUUUGGUGCCACUAUUGUUCUUCUGCUAGCGACACGAUUUCCACAGCUAGACGCCGUCGUUGCUAUAAAUGGUCCUCAUGUGUUGAGCGACUAUGCGAAUAUCAAGGAAAAUGGCAAGCUAAUUCCUCAAGGA